AGAAUAGUGGUACCUGGUGGCUGUUUUGCUGAAAUGCAAGGCUAACAGCACAUUAUUUAGCUUACUUGUCAGCCUCGAGAUUUAGCAAUUUGAUUGAACACAAGUGUGCAAGAUGAAUACAUCGUGACGCAAAGGAUAUGCUGUGACUGAAGUUAAACACACGCCUCACAAAGACACGUUGCUCCGCAGCUCAGGGCACUCCAACAAUCAUGUCAGGAAUUAAAAGGAAAAUUGAAGGCAAUGAUCCCGACUAUGAGGACAUUUCGGUGGUCCGAAAUAGUAAGAGAAGCAAAGCGGUUGAACAAAAUGCUCGAGAAGCAGCAGUACACAAGAUUGAUACCAUCAUCAGAGAGCAGUUUUCUAUGGAGAUGAAGAACAAGGAGCAUGAGAUAGAUGUGAUAAGUCAGCGACUCAAUGAAGCCAGGAGGAUGAUGGACAAACUAAGGGCAUGCAUAGUGGCCAAUUACUAUGCCAGUGCUGGAAUGUCAAGGCUCCCAGAUCAUGCUCCCAAGAGUGACCCUGCUGUCCUGAACCAUCCGGCCAUUCGCCGGUUCUUGGAAUCUCCAUCCCGUUCUUCUUCCCCCCUCAACCAGGGCUCUGAGACUCCUUCUCAAGCUCACUCAGAGUCAGAAUCCCUCUCACAGCAAGAAGAGGCAGCUGACAGGGAUGGAGAAGGAGCCUGGAGAGAAGAUGGCAGAGGGCAGGAUCGCAGACCUGGACGCAAUACAGGAAAGGAUACAUUUGGUGUGCCAUCGUCCAUUGGUGCAGAGCAAAGGGUGACAUAUCACACUACGGGAAAUGAGGCCUCCAGACUCUAUGCAAAGAAGACAAUUGUAGUGGGGAAUGUGUCAAAGUACAUACCACCUGAUAAGCGGGAAGAAAAUGACCAGUCAACCCAUAAGUGGAUGGUGUACGUCAGGGGCUCCAGGAGGGAACCAAGCAUCGACCAUUUUGUAAAGAAAGUGUGGUUCUUCUUGCAUCCCAGCUACAAACCGAACGACCUGGUGGAAGUCAGUGAGCCUCCCUUUCAUUUAACACGUCGCGGUUGGGGUGAGUUUCCUGUCAGGAUCCAGAUCCACUUCAAAGACCCUCGCAACAAACGUAUUGACAUCAUCCACCAGCUUAAGCUGGACAGAACAUACACCGGGCUGCAGACACUUGGGGCAGAAACUGUGGUUGAUGUGGAGCUUCAUAGGAACUCUCUUGGGGAAGACUACAUCCCUCAGUCCUCAUCCUCCAAGGUGACUCACAGAGCAGCCAGCCCCAUGUUGGCCGCCUCACUGACCCAAAGUUGUGGGCGAUCUAGUUCUCCCAUCUCACAUGAUCCCAACACAGAGAAAGGUUUCAUCAAAACAGAGAUGGGGAGGUCUGCUGGUGGCCAUAGCUCUGGCCUCACCGCCGGAGAACGCACACCAACCCGGCCCAAAGUUGGUGACAGGAUCAGUCUGGGCUCCCAUGGCAACUCAGCCUUCCAGCCGAUCACAGCGAGCUGUAAGAUUGUCCCACAGGGUCAACCACCAAGCCCUGCUGAGUCUCCUGGGAAAUCGUUUCAACCAAUUACUAUGAGCUGUAAAAUAGUUUCAGGGUCUCCUAUUUCUACCCCAAGCCACUCGCCGUUGCCUCGCACACCCACCACCUCCACCCCAGUUCACAGCAAGCAGAGCUCUUCAUCGGUGCUCAACAAUCCUUACAUCAUUGUUGACAAGCCAGGCCAGGUGAUCAGCAUGGCUUCCUCAUCCGCCACCUCCACAGGAAGCCCGUCUGCCAAACCGUCUGCUACUCAAGGCACUCGUUCUCCAGCCCCCAAAGUUCACACUGGCACCUUCCUCUCCUCAGGGGUGAAGGUGAUUAUCAAGCAGGAGCCAGGGGAAGUUUCAUCACAACAGCAGCAGAUGGUUUCCACAGUAACGAGCCAGCAGCAACCUGCUGCUACAUCAGCACACCAGUUUGUCGCAGUGAAGGGAGGUCACAUGAUCUCCAUGUCGGCACAGAAACAGGCAGGAGUGGCCACAGGGGCCACAACUAGCAAGAUGUUAGGCAUUCCUGUCAGCUCAGCACUUCAGUCCGCAGUCAAACAGGUGGCUAUCAGCAGUGGACAGAUUCUGGUUGCCAAGGGCAACUCUUCUGUCUCCAAGGUGGUGGGCGGGAAGCAGGUUUUGGCUCAGGGAGUUGCUAAAGCCAUCGUCAGUGGAGCCAGCGGCAUCUCUGGUCAACAGGCUGCUGCCAAGGCAGCUGGAGGUUCCAGUGGCAAGAGUGGAGUGAUGGCUACUCUUCAGUUGCCAGCCAACAACUUGGCCAAUCUGGCCAAUUUGCCUCCAGGCACCAAACUGUACCUGACCACCAACAGUAAGAACCCCUCUGGGAAGGGCAAGCUGCUUCUCAUCCCACAAGGAGCUAUCCUAAGAGCCUCCAGUGCAAGUCAGCAGUCCCAGAGCAGCUCGUCAGCGAGCGCUGGGGGCUCUCAGACCUCCUCCUCCUCCUCACCCUCUUCAUCUUCGAGCAGCCUGCCUUCCAACCUCUCCUACACAUCCUAUAUCCUUAAACAGACCCCACAGGGCACGUUUCUUGUUGGCCAGCCAGCGCAGGGUUCAGGGAAGCAGGGAGGUUCCAGUUCGGCAGGUCACGCAGCAUCGUCCCCUGCAGCUGUUAGCCAGCAGGCCAUCCGGGUAACAGCUGGACAGAAAGCAGCCAUCCUGGCUCAGGUGGUGGGUAGUUCCCAGGGUGCACAGGUGAAGCUGUCUGAUGGCUCUGUUAAGACUGUAACCGCUGCGGCAGCGGGCCACUUGUCCAAGCCAGGGACAACCACACUGAGGAUGACAGGCGGAGUCAUCACUGCUGCUAGCUCCACCCCCAGCUCUGUCAGCGCUGUAGCAUCAGCAGCAGCAGCAGCCAGCCAACAGCAGGCUAGUUUCACAGCUGGCGAUGCUGGGAAGUCUGCGUCUCAGCACCACUCGCUCCUGGUGGCAGCCAACCAAGCAGCAGUAAUCAGUGCCGCUAAGAGUGCCAGUGCUGCAGCUGGAAGCAGCCUGUCGAAGACGGCUGUGGCCACCUUGGUCAAGGGUGCUGGCGGCUCUGCCACAAUGACGAAAAGUUCUGCGGCGUCUACUGGAGCUGUGGUUACAGUUGCCAAAAGUAUGGCCAACAUGCCCGUCAUCAGCAUGUCCAAAGGUGCAGGUGUUGGGACUGUGGUGGGUAUGCCCAAAAGCAGCGGCACAUCGCUGGUCACCGCAGCUUCGUUAGUUAGCGGAGUAACAGCAGGAGGAGGGAAGACGGGUGCUACUUUGUCAGGUAUGCUGAAGAUCCACUCUGGGGGUUCCAGCUCCCAGCAGACGGUCUUAACCAUCCCUGCCAACCAGCUCAAGCAGCUGGGGGUUGGCACUGGGUCUGGAGGGCUGCAGACCAUACUCAUGCCAGUUGGAAAAGUAGUAUGUAAAGGCCCAGUCUCCAGUACUGCUUCCUCCUCCUUCUCCACCACCCCAGGAGCAGCUGGAGCUGGAGCCUCCCCAAGUCCUGCCUGCCAGGCGUCCCCCUCCCUUGCUCUGCCUCUGGCACAAGUGAAGACAGAGCCAGGUGCUGGCACAGCUGUCACAGCUGGAGCAUCACCCCCUGUGACUGCUGCCAUCCCCAAUUCUGUCCAUGUUGCCUCUGCAUCCACCGCAGUCAAGCAGGAACAAGGAGCAGAUAAUUCAGCACAUGACCUCAUCAACACUGAACACAUAGAGACCAUGAUGCAGCUGCUGACAGCCGUGGUGAAGAAGUUCCCUCUGAUUGUACCAGAUAAGACUGAAGACUCCCAUCCAUUCUGUGCCUCCUCAACAGAACAGUAUUAUUCCUGGAAUAUUGGCAAGCGCCGAGCAUCAGAGCUUCAGCGAGCGGUGGCAGUAAAGCGGGUUGUCCAGGAUGUGUUGGACCGCUCGCCCCGUCUGCAGGCCCUCACCCCCCCAAAGACCAGAGAGGUGGUGCAGUGGUGCCGGCACAGGGGCUACACACCACCUGACCUUGAGCCCCAGCGCAAGAACGACGACGAGUCCAUCGAGGACAUCCUCACACAGAUAGACAACGAGCCUGAGUGCCCAACGACUCUGAGUAGCUGCGAGGAGCUGGUGCUACGGCUGGAGCAGAUGCAAGCUCUGCUGAAAACUGAACCGGAGGAGGCAGACGACGAAAUAGUCGACAUCAUCACUGUGACUCCUCCCUGCCAGAAACUAAAGGUCAAAGAGGAGGAGCAAGAGGCUGACACGGAGCCCAAGUUCUUCCUGGGCCCCUGCAUGUCUGCUCAGUUUGUCAGCGAAACAUCUCAGCAGAUCGGGAUAACCUUCCAGCCAGUUGAGGUGGAGAAGAAUGUGUUCGCUCCAGUAGUGGAAGCCAUGAUUCUGAAGGCAACUGAACAGUUUGCCAGUGACAUCCUGAGAGAAGCUCUGGCUGGGGCCUAUGCCAAAUCCCCUCAGAACAGGGCUCCAAGAGAGAUCACAACCAUGAACAUCCACCAGGCGGUCAGUAGCAUCCCCACCUGUGACUUCCUCACCAACACGUGCAUGGGCUCCCUGUGUAAGGACAACUGAGGCACAACCAGAAUGACAUCGACUGGUAACCGGCACAUACAGAGAAGAGAGGACUGUGUGAGCUGCUGGUUAUGACGGAGAGACUCCACACUUGGAUGUAGUCCUGUUGCCUCAGGUUGAGCAGUAACACCUAAUGUAGUGUAUUCAUUAAGUUGAUCGUGUAAGGGCUCAGCUUGCUUCGCUCGGCAGCCGCCCAGCAGCACAGUAACAAAUGUUUCUAAUACUCUGGGUAUAUUGUAACAUUUUAGUCCUAAUGUAUCUAGAGAAGUGGCAUUGUGGGACUCGUGUUAUUUGAUUAUGAGAGGCUGUCGUGCUCUCACUUACCUCAUAACAAGAUUAUUUUAACGAUGAAGUGUUUCCUGCCAGGCAGUCAGUUGGUCGUCAGGGAAAUGGAGCCUGAGUGACUUACUCAGGAGUGACUAAAUGAUGAGCAUCAGUCACCUGUCCCCCUUCAUCAUUCUUCAUCUUGCUGUCACGUCGGCUGAACUGGGAAUAAGAUUAACUUCACCAGCAGAGACGAAGCACAGAUUUACAGCAAGUUGGAAACUCUAAUGAACAUCCGAGUGUUAGAAUUCUCUGUCAGUUUGGUAGUAAAGUCUGGUGGGUAGUUUGGACAAAACAGCGAUUAUCUGUCAUUGCAAACAUCCUUUGUUGUAUUUCAUUGUUACCUGGCAGGUCCUUGCCAUAGGCUGUUUUCUGCUCUUCAGAAGCGGCAACUGAUUCAUGUUUGUCAUUUUUCAUCAGAUUUGCUACUGUCAUUAAGAACUGAAAGCCACCCCUCACGAUACUUAUUUCCUCUCCUGCACCAACCAGGUUUGAUAGCCAAUUGAAAGUGCUUUUAAUUGUUUAACCAUGUCAUGUAAUGUACACACAGUGUGUAUGACCAAUAUGAAAUAGCUGGUGUUUUCAAAUCUUGUUUUAUUUUUUUAUCCUGCGAGCAGUAGUGAGUGAGUGUGUGUGUGUGUGUGUGUGUGUGUGUGUGUGUGUGUGUGUAUGAAUAUAUGGAUGGUAGUCAUCACAAAAUGGCAAUGAAUUUGAUGGGACGUUAUUGCUCAUGUGUGUUCCCUCAGCUGAUGUGGUGUUGGCAGUUCUGUGUCGUGGAGCUUUGUAUCAUGUUAAAAAGAGGACUGGAUGAGUGGAAGUGUUUGGCCUGACCAAAUUAGUUUAGGAGACGCCCCGAUGUUUCAGUGUAAACCAAAAAUAUAAUCAAUAUUCUUGUAAUAAACAAAGAAACUGAA